GCGGGACGCUAGUGAGAGGAAGUCCCGACAUAAGCAGGCUAGUAGCUUGUGGGCGGUACCGCAGGGUGAUUCCAUGGAGAGGUGCCGCCGCAGCUGAAGGAAUACUGGCGCCUUCCUUUUACCUCACUGAGCCAAUCGCGCUUCACGACCCGCCGAUGGAAGAGCCACUGUGAGCGAGGCGGCUGCUGGAGCCAAGAGGCCCGGGAGGAAGAAGGCGGCGGCGGGAGGUGUAUCGAGCAGUUCUCGUUGCCUGAGCCCAGCCCAGCGGGGCUCUCACAGCAUGGUUGAGUAUGUUGUGGAGUAUGAUUACGAUGCAGUACAUGAUGAUGAGCUAACCAUUCGUGUUAGUGAAAUCAUAAGGAAUGUGACAAAACUAGAAGAAGAGGGAUGGCUGGAAGGAGAGCUAAAUGGAAGAAGAGGCAUGUUUCCUGACAACUUUGUUAAGGAAGUUAAGAAAGAGACAGAAUCUAAGGAUGAUGGCUUGCCAAUCAAGAGGGAAAGGCAUGGAAAUGUAGCCAAUCUUGUUCAGCGUAUGAGCACCUACAGGCUUCCAGCAGGAGGAUUCCAGCUGCAUUCCCAGUGUAAAAGCUUCAGGAGGAAAUCGAAAAAGCAGCAAUGUAAAGUUCUGUUUGAGUAUAUUCCUCAGAAUGAGGAUGAGUUGGAACUCAAGCUAGGAGAUGUUAUAGACAUUAAUGAAGAGGUGGAAGAAGGCUGGUGGAGUGGAACACUAAAUGGCAAAUUAGGACUAUUUCCUUCUAAUUUUGUAAAAGAGCUAGAGGUCAUAGAUGAUGGAGAAACCCAAGAAGACCUGGAUGAUGCAGAGUCUGUUUUUCCUGGCCCACUCUCACCUGUAACUUCACCAGGGAAUAGCAAUGAGUCUGGACCUGCACAGAUAGCACAGCCAAAGAAAAUCCGAGGAGUUGGGUUUGGAGAUAUUUUUAAAGAAGGCUCAGUAAAGCUUAAGACAAGAUUAUGCAGUAAUGAUUCAGAAGAGAAGAAGCAAGAUAAGCCAUUACCUGCUCAUCCAUCUGGACCAAAAGUAACCCAAUUUCCUGGAGCAACAAAAUCAGAAAUUGCAACUGAGGUAGCAAAAAUAGAAACUGAAAGCAAACAGAAAGCUAAGGAAUAUUGCAAGACCUUGUAUGCCUAUGAAGGUACUAAUGAGGAUGAACUUAGUUUUAAAGAAGGCAGUAUUAUCCAGAUAAUAAGCAAGGAUACUGGAGAGGCAGGAUGGUGGAAAGGUGAGCUUAAUGGUAAAGAAGGCGUUUUCCCAGACAACUUCGCAGUUCUGGUUUAUGAAUCGGAUAAAGAUUUUCCUAAGCCAAAGAAGCCACCACCUCCUGCAAAAGGACCAGAUGAAAAAGGAGGGUUGGAUCAGAAAAUAUCUAAACCAGUAGCUCCUCAAGUACCACCCAAAAAGCCUGUCCCUCCAAACAAAGCAAAUGUCAUUUUAAGAUCUGGGAUUUUGAAUCCAAAACGGUCAGAUAAACCAGUUGUGCAACCAUCAGUAUCUAAGACAAAUGGGGAAGUUGUUUCAUGGCGACCAAAAUCUGAAAUUGAGCCAGUGACAAAACCAAAGUUAGAUUCUGAACAGUUACCAUUGAGACCAAAAUCAGUAGAGGUCGAUUCAUUUGCAAUAAAGAACCUGAAAGGAACAGACCUUUUAAGUUUUGAUGAUAUAAUAGCUACCUCAAAUAAUUUAUCACAUCCAACUGCAAAUAGGCCAAAGAUGACUGGCAGGAGGCUUCCCGCUCGCUUCGGUGGCAAUAAUUCUUCUACUCAGAACUUAAAUAUAGAGAAAAGUGUGAAGUUGCAUAAAGAGGAGGAAGAAAGUGCCAAACUAAAGCCAUCUGAGGUUAGAAAGCCAUCUACAUUUGCUUCACCACUUCUGUCUUCAUCACCAAGACCUAGUUCUGUUGUACUCAGUGCUGUUACUGGUGCAAUGAAACUUAAACAGGAAACAGAUGAAGGGGAAAAGCAUUCCCUGGAAGAGCUCAGGUCCCAAGUCUUUGACCUGCUAACUAUGGUAGAAACACUGAAAAAAGAACAUGGGAAAGAACUGGAAAAAUUGAAGAGAGACUUGAAGAAAGAGAAGCAGAUGCGAAGUAACCUAGAGGUGGAAAUAGAAAAACUCAAGAAAGCUGUCAUAACUACAUGAAAGAGCCAUAGACUGAGUCUUAACCAUGCCAGGAUUUCAGAGUCAAAAUAAAAAUGAAGUUGACUUGACUUUUUUUACUUCACAUCAGUGAAUGGUAGCAUUCCAUUUUUUAAAAAAAUAAAUGAAUAUAAACUUACAUUCAGAGAGCUGACAGAAGAGAAUGGAUAACUUUCUUCUUUCUUAUCAAUAUAGAAGAGGCCUUAUUUCUUACUGUGCUGGAAUUGCAGACCUUUAUUUUCUUGGUUUGCUUCAAAAUACUACUGAAUCUGUAUAAAAAAGAGGGGUUCUAAUUAGAUUUUUAUUGAACAUCUAUAGCCUACUUUUUAAGAGAAAUGUACAAUAAAUAAGGCAAUAUAUCUUUGCAAAGUACUCUGUAAAACAGUCUAUACCAAUAGGAAGGCACAUGGUGUACCCUUGUCAUUAUAGUCACUACUUUUCCCACAAUGCCACAAGGGAAUAUGAUGUUUGUAUUUGGGGGGGGGAUUUAUAUCCAGGGCUCCACUGUUGUGCCUACUUGCAGUGAGAGUAUUAAUAAACAUGUUAUUUUAUAGUUCAGGAAGAUCCUGGGAAUUGGUUCUUGCUGUGGAGCAGAAAAGUCGCCAAGGCUUAUCAGUGCUAAGAUUCCUUUAACUGAGACAAAUAUCAUGUCACUUGCACUAUAGGAUUCAUUAAAGGCUUAUUUUGGGAGAAAGGGUGGGAUGUAAAUUUAAUAAAUAAUAAUAAUAAUAAAUAAUAAAGGGAUUUAUGGUUGGACCACAAAAACUCCAUACCCUGAUUAAUGCUUAAAUUCCACAAUAAAUGUGGGCAUGAGUCUGAAAUGACCUUCUAAUGUAAUCAGUUGUGCCCAAAUAUUACAACACAUGACAGACAAUAAAAAGCUCUCAGUUUCUGUGCUUUCAUAAAUUUUAAUCUUAACACUACAAUAUCAGCUUUAAAGAUUUUAGCAGUAAUCAUAAUAACAUUAUUGAAACCUUCAUAUGAAAACGAAGUAUUCAGAGCCACCCACCUGUUAACUAAAUGCCUGUUAACUUAAUAAGGGUGUAUCCCGCACAGGGCUGUUAAUGCAUUCACUAAGUCACAGGUGGAUUCUUAGAUACUUCAUUCUUACAUAUAUCUCAAUACCGCAAUAUGCUCUAGAAUCAAAAUGCAUUGAUUUUGUGUGAAACAAAGGACUUCUUUUGGAGUCAUUGUGCUUAAUUCAUUUUCUCCCUCAUUUUUUUCCUGUCGAGAAAAACUGAAAAUGUACAGUAUGUACAUUUGUGAAACGCUGUAUUCAAGCCAAGGCUAAAAAUACAAAAUCCAUACUCUCUCUUGUAUCUCCUUCGUUCCUGUCCUAAAACAUAGAAAGAGGUAAUAUUUUCAGUGAUUUUUAGGUUAGCCAAAUUAAAAUAAAAUGAAAUCUUAACUCUUCCUACGUCAGUGUAAAGUUUUAAUAUUCAUCUCCUGCUCUCCUUUAAACAAGCAGAAAGUGGAUGGCCUUUGUAUUUUGUCUUAGAUAAGAAUACCAACAGUCAUUGCGUGUUAGCAAGUGAAGAGAACUGAAUUUGUACUUGCAGAUAUAUCUGUUGUGAAUCGAUAGAUUUAAAAUAUAGGAAUGAAAAUGAGGCCUGUUUGGUUAUCAUACUGGUGCUUAGCUGACAAAUAUCUAAUGAAUCAAUUGUUAAUCAUUUUUGUUGCCAAUUUUCAUUUUCAGUAGUCUGAAUAAUAAAUCAUGUACUUCAGAUUGUCAACAUUAGUCACAACCAUCAGUCAUAAUGGUCAGUGGUCAACAAAUUUUGGCUUGACUUACUAGCCAAACCCAUUACUUGUGUUGCUACUGAUCCCUACCUUCUCUGAAUGUCAUGGCAUGUGCAGAGAACAUGGAAAGGGGAGUUGCCUUUGAGUUGGACUUUACACAGACGGUACAAGCAGCACUUUCCUGCUAUUUCCUCCUGCAGAAGCUCAAGGAGAAGGGAGAGAAGCUGCCCAUCCUUUCCUCCACAUGUUGAGAGGUGACUUCCAUCCUACAAGUUGUGUUUGUGCAGAAACCAACUGUAGUAUGUUGCUGCUGAUGCUUUCACUACCUCUAAAAGCCCAAAGGGGAGAAAGACAAUCGUUCUCUCUCCCCCCCCCCUCUCUCUCUCUCAAGAGAGCUUGUGGAGAAAAGAAGGGGCCAAUUCUUUUCCAUUGGUACUUUUGUAGGAGUACCUUACUGCUUGUGCUUUCUGCAAAAGCACAGGUUGCAGGAUUGAAACAACCACUCCUGUCUUCCCCAUUCUUCAUGAAGAAAAAGGAAAUGAUUUUGUACCCACCAUAGGUUGAACUGUUUUUUAGAAAACACCAGCCAUGUCUUCCAGAAAGGUGGAGCAACAGCCACUUCCCAUUAGGUUUUUGAAAGAGGCAGCUGGCGCUUUCUACAGAGCCACCUUUCCUUUACCCUGCUCCUGGGGAACAAAAAGACAUAUUUUCCUCCUGUGAGUUGGGUUUUCAAGAUUGUCCCUACCGCCUCUGCAAAAAAUGCACAGAAAGAAACUACUGCUUGUUUCCUCCAUGAAGAAGAAAGGAGGCGUGGCUUCUCUCAAUUCCUGUUGGGUUUUUGCAGAAAGCAGCAGUGAUGUGCUACUAAGGUGGCUUCUUAUCCUCCUCCUUCAAGAAGAGUCCAACUUGCAGGAGGCAAAACACUUUAUCCUUAUUUUCCUUCCCGGAGAAGUAUUUUCUCACAAGCAAGGCUUUUGGUGAAAGCACAGGUGCCUGCAAGAUUGGGGUGAGGGACAGUUGCCUAUAGUGAGAAGGGAAGUGGAUUUAUCAAAACUUAGUUCAGUAUGUGCUAUCUCAGAUGAACGGGCAACAAAAGAGCUCCUCUCUGAUAGCAACUUGUUGAAGUUUACUCUGAUUAUGCAAAGCAAGAACUAAGCCUAAUGAAAGAGAAUUAUUUUAUGUGCUCUUCACUGUGAUCCACAGUAAGGCAAAAUGGUAUUCAUUAUAAAUUGUUGUAUGACAGUUUUGUCUGCCUUGACGCUCAUAGCAGAUGAGUAGGACCUGACAAUCAGUUAAAUCAAAGGUGUUAAUUAUUAAAUGGCCUUUCUGCUGCAGCAAUAAAUGACCAAGUGCAAUGAUUUGAUUUAAAAAAACUUCUAAAAGUUGCUGCUGUGUUUUUAGCAAUAGAGGUCUCGCUGAUAUGUCUUAAAUUAAUAUUGUAUAAUGGGAAAUGGGGAACAUAUGAAGACAUUCCAAAGAAUGUGAGUUAUUUCAAAUAGUAUGCUUCAUUGCCUUGUUGACAGGUGCUGUAAAAUUAUGCAUGCUAUCAGAAUUCCACAAAUAAAAUUAUAU